GACAAAUACAAAAUGGUUGAAAACUAAAGUUGGCAAACAAAGAAAGGCAGCGUAAAAGAGCCAUUUGUCGUUAAAAUACUGUUAUAUUGAGUGAAAGUUAGAUAGUUUAGUGUGUGAUAAGUGUUUUGUGCAUCAUGCUGGAUUUAGAAAUCGUUCCCGAACGUUCCCUGGGCUGCGAUGCCUGGGAGUUCGUUUUAGGAAUGCACUUUUCGCAAGCGGUCUCCAUCAUUCAGAGUCAAGUUGGAACGAUACGUGGUGUACAGGUUCUGUAUAGUGAUCAGAAUCCACUGUCAGUGGACUUAGUAAUAAAUAUGCCGCAGGACGGUAUACGGUUAAUAUUCGACCCGGUCGCGCAGCGGCUCAAGAUCAUUGAAAUUUAUAAUAUGAAAUUAGUUAAGCUUAGGUAUAGCGGUAUGUGCUUCAACUCGCCAGAGAUAACGCCAUCUAUCGAGCAAGUCGAACAUUGCUUCGGAGCGACUCACCCCGGUCUGUAUGACAGCCAGCGUCACUUGUUCGCGCUCAACUUUAGGGGUCUCUCUUUUUAUUUCCCCGUUGAUAGUAAAUUUGAGCCUGGAUACGCGCACGGUCUGGGCUCGCUGCAGUUCCCAAACGGCGGCUCGCCCGUCGUCUCCCGAACAACGAUAUACUACGGAUCACAACAUCAGCUAACACGGUCAGCCAGCGGAGGUCGAUGCUCGGCUCCUUUAGCGGACUUGCCUCUCUCCUGCUACCGACACCAACUGCACCUGAGACGGUGCGACGUUCUCCGGUCGCCCACUGCGACGCUCGGAUUACGCUUGCACAUAUACACAGAAGAGCGCGGCGGCCCCGUUAGCGCGCUGACCCCCCUAGCCGCAGGCGCGCGCGCGGGCUCCCCGGCGGCGCGGCGGCGCGUGGUGCGCUUCGGCGACAGCUGCCAGGCCGUGUCGCGCGCGCUGGCGGCGCCGGCCCGCCUGUACUACAAGGCGGACGACAAGAUGCGCAUCCACCGCCCCACGGCGCGCCGCCGCCCGCCGCCCGCCUCCGACUACUUCUUCAACUACUUCACGCUCGGCCUGGACGUGCUGUUCGAUGCGCGUACGCAUCAAGUGAAAAAGUUCGUGCUCCACACUAACUAUCCGGGUCACUACAACUUUAACAUGUACCACAGAUGCGAGUUCGAGUUGAACGUGCAGCCAGACAAAUGCGAGUCGAACGCGCUGGUGGAGUCGCUGGGCGCGGUGAGCAUCACGGCGUACAGCAAGUGGGAGAGCGUGUCGCGCGCGCUGCGCGUGUGCGAGCGCCCCGUCGUGCUCAACCGCGCCUCCUCCACCAACACCACCAACCCCUUCGGCUCCACCUUCUGCUACGGCUACCAGGACAUGAUCUUCGAGGUGAUGUCGAACAACUAUAUUGCGUCGAUAACUCUGUACCAGCCAGAGGGCACCCGACCUCACUACGCGGUCAGUUCCAUCGCGUGACACAACAAGGUAUCUCCAAGCAAAGGUAAAAAAUUCACAUCCUGAAUGCAGUCGGUUUGUCAGUUAUAUACAAAAUUAAAAAACACUCCACUCAUGUGGCAACACUGCACCGUUCGACGCACGAACCUUCUGGCAAUGUGACACAUAUCCCUUACAAAAACCAACCUAAGAGGUAACAGUAUUUGAAAAAAAAAAUGUGAUAAAAACUGUGAAAAAAAAACUAAAAAAAAAAUAAGUGAGUGACAGAUCUCAAGAUGGUGUGUAUACGUUUAUUUAAUUCCUUAGCAGCAAUGGACAGUAAAAAAAAAUAUUUUAUUUAAAAAAAAAACAUUUAAGAUGAUAGUGCGAAAGUUUCUCUUAAUAAUCAUAAUUAGUCAAAUGUGUUCUUAAGUUUUACAUAUUGACGGGAAAAUUUGAAUUUUUCAUUAAAAAAAAAACAUAGUUUAUAAGGAGUUGUAAAUAUUUUUUGACGUUCGAAAAAAAAAAUAUAAGAUAUCAUAAAAAUGUAUUUUUUCUAAAAUCAUUGGACAAUUUGCUAGAGCGUGUGAUUAUUGUGAUAAAAAUGGAUACAAAAAAAGAAAAAUGUGCAAAUAAUAUUUUUUCUCGACAGCACCACAAUUACGCCUCAAGUGGCUUUCUUAGUAGACUAGUUAUUUAAUUUAUGUAAAUAUUACUCCGUAGGCAAAUCUAUUCGGCGUCUGAAUAUCCUAUAUACUAGGGACCUAGUUCGCUUCGAUAUACUAUAAAUCAUACCAUUUCAAUAAAUCGGGUCUUGUACAUAACAGACUUAUUGUUAUUUAAAAAAAAAAAGUUAUCUAAAAGACAUUUGUAAGGUCCUCGAGUCGAAUAUUUUUGUCUAUGGUAUUAUCGUCAAUUUGACAUUUAUUUUAUCGAUGUCUAUGGACUAUUAAUAAUGUUGUUUUUCGAUUUCUUUACAAUUUUAUACAUAGCGUACGGUUAGCCGCGUAUUCAUUUGUAAAAUUUAAUUCAUAUAUAAAUUCAUGUAUAAGUCCAUAAAAUAGAACAAAAGUUCAAAUUUCGAAUACGCAUUACAUUAUUGAUAUCUGACAGAUUUGAUACAAAAACUAUUUUUUUUUUUAAUAAUCGACGGCAUUAAAGCCUGCUUAUAAAUUUGAUUAAAUUCAAAAAUCGAAACACUUUUGUAAGUGAAUACGUGGCGUUAUAACUUGAAUGUCUUUUUUUAAUCUACUUAUUUCUCUUAUUGCUCACCUCGUGCGCAAUCUAGGUUUAGGAAUAGGCUUUCUAAUUGUGUGAAUGCUUAUGCAAUGUAUGUAUGUGUGAUUUUGAUAUAGAUAAUUGUCACAAUAUUUUUUUUUAUUUAAUUCGAAUGGAAUUCUGUAAAGUUAUAUUUAAUAAAAUAAAUCUUUUUUAAUUUGAUAUUUCCGAUAAAGGCGCGUAAAAUUAUGUCACUGUCAAGUUUUGAAAACUCGAAAGAGAUCGACGAAACAAUUUAUUUAAUAUAAUUAAAAUCUUAUUUCUUUUUAUUAUUUACAUAUCUGCAAUGUUAAAUAAAAAACAUCUAAAUUAUAUUCAAUUAAUUAUCUGUUAUAAUUUAUUAUAUAAAAUAAAUAAAGAUUCCAUUCGAAUUAUCGUAAAAAUUACAAUACAAUAUGGUUCAAGCCAAAAACGACUUACAAAUAUUACCAUUUUUAUUAUUAAGUUAAACAAAUAGCUCAAUACAUGCGGAAAAUAUUACCUUUAUCAAUUGGACCGUGUAGAAAUGUUUCAGGAGAAAUAAAAUCCACUUUUAAAAAGUAAAACUAAAUUUUUACUUGACAUUAUUCUGACGUUGACAUUUCAAUAAUUAACGGCCUUAUUUAAAAUCGUUGUUUAGUGGGUGCUUAGUUAAACUCAGUUUUUUUUUAAUUGAAAUAUGACAAACGA